AUGGCCACUUCUGUGGGAAAACCAUUGACUAUUGAUCUGGAUACAACAAAUAGAACAAGACCAUCCUAUGCAAAAGUCAAAGUGGAAGUAGAUUUGUUUGCCAAGUUUGCAAAAAGAAUCAACAUUGCUGAAGAAGAUGAUUCUGGCAUAGUUACGUCUAAAUGGGUCAACAUUAACUAUGACUAUUUGCCAAAAUACUGUAAACACUGUAUACUACAAGGACAUGAGGAGAGUGAAUGGGAUGCCAACAAAGGAGGAAAGGGAUGGUUUAACCAAGGCAAACAAGAAUGGAUGCAAAGAAGGAACAAAUAUAUAAAGGACAAAUCAGGUGUAAUCAUUGGUAAGGUGGAUAAAGUUGACAAGAAGGAAGAGGAGAACACAAUGAAGACCAGUAAUGCUUUUGCAAUGUUUGAAUGUUUGUGA